CCCAAGUAUGAGAAAUGCGAGGACAUGUCCAACCUGACCUACCUGAACGAUGCCUCCGUCCUGUACAACUUGUCCAGCCGUUACCAGGCCAAGCUUAUCUAUACCUACUCUGGCCUCUUCUGCAUCGCCGUCAACCCCUACAAGCGCUUCCCCAUCUACACCAACCGCACCGUUAAGAUCUACCAAGGCAAGAGGCGUAAUGAGGUGCCUCCCCAUCUCUUUGCUAUUGCUGACGGGGCUUACAUGAACAUGCUACAAAAUGGCGAGAACCAGUCAAUGCUGAUUACCGGAGAGUCUGGCGCUGGCAAGACUGAGAACACGAAAAAGGUGCUGUCCUACUUCGCCAACGUCGGAGCUUCUACUAAGAAGAAGGACGACAGUAAACCGAACCUAGAGGACCAGAUCGUGCAGACUAACCCUGUGCUUGAGGCCUUCGGUAACGCCAAGACCACUCGGAAUGACAACUCAUCUCGUUUCGGCAAGUUCAUCCGCAUCCACUUCGGCCCCAACGGCAAGCUCUCCGGCGGCGACAUCGAGGUGUACCUGCUGGAGAAGGCUCGCGUCAUCUCGCAGCAGCCGCUCGAGCGAUCCUACCACAUCUUCUACCAGAUGAUGUCUGACCAGGUUAAAGAAAUGAAAUCUCUGUGCUUCCUUACCGACGACAUUUAUGACUACCACUUCGUGUCCCAGGGCAAGGUCACCGUGCCGUCCAUCGAUGACAAAGAAGAAAUGGAAUUCACUCACAAUGCAUUUGACAUUCUCAAUUUCUCCAGCGAAGAGCGUGACAACUGCUAUAUGAUCACCGCCGCUGUCAUGCACAUGGGCGAGAUGAAGUUCAAGCAGAGAGGUCGCGAGGAACAGGCCGAAUCUGACGGCGAAGAGGUCGGCGAGGUGGUGGGCAAACUGCUCGGCAUCGACGGGAGCGAACUAUACAAGAACCUGUGCAAGCCUAAGAUCAAAGUGGGCACCGAGUUCGUCACGCAGGGCAGGAACGUGAACCAAGUGAACUAUUCCGUCGGCGCCUUGUCCAAAGCAAUGUUCGACCGCUUGUUCAAGUGGCUGGUGAAGAAGUGCAAUCAGACUUUGGAGACCGGGCAGAAGCGUGCUAUGUUCAUCGGUGUCUUAGAUAUUGCUGGCUUCGAAAUUUUUGACUUCAACGGCUUCGAGCAGAUCUGCAUCAACUUCUGCAACGAGAAGUUGCAGCAGUUCUUCAACCACCACAUGUUCGUGCUUGAGCAAGAGGAGUAUAAGAGAGAGGCAAUUGACUGGGUCUUUGUCGACUUUGGAAUGGAUCUUCAGGCCUGCAUCGAUCUCUUCGAGAAAAAACUUGGCCUUCUCGCCAUCCUCGAGGAAGAGUCCAUGUUCCCGAAGGCCACCGACAAGACAUUUGAGGAGAAGCUGAAGGCCAACCAUCUGGGCAAGUCUCCCUGCUUCAUCAAACACAGAGCUACCAAGCCCGGCCAAGCUAAUGCCCACUUUGCCAUCGUCCACUACGCUGGCACUGUGCCCUAUAACAUUACGGGCUGGCUGGAGAAGAACAAGGAUCCCCUUAACGACACUGUUGUGGACCAAAUCAAGAAGGCCUCGAAUGCUCUGAUUGUGGAGCUCUUUGCUGAUCACCCCGGCCAGUCCGGAGGCGAGGAAGCUGGAGGACGUGGAAAAGGCGGUAAAUCGUCUAGCGGUUUCAAGACUGUCUCUUCAGGCUAUAGGGAUCAGCUUAACAGCCUGAUGACGACCCUGAAUGCCACUUACCCGCAUUUCAUCCGCUGCAUUGUGCCCAAUGAAACCAAAACUCCUGGCGCUGUCGACCCUAGUCUCAUCAUGCAUCAGUUGACCUGCAACGGCGUGCUUGAAGGCAUUCGGAUUUGCCGCAAAGGCUUCCCCAAUCGGAUGGUGUUCCACGACUUCAGGCACAGAUACGCCAUCUUAGCGUCCAAACCCAUGUCAGAGAGUGAGGAUGACAAGAAAGCCACCGCUACCUGCCUGGAAACCAUCAAAAUGGCACCAGAAAGUUACCGCCUUGGAACUACCAAGGUAUUCUUCCGCGCCGGGGUCCUGGGCGGCUUGGAAGAGCUGCGCGAAGACCGCCUGGCCACAGUGCUCUCGUGGCUGCAGGCCUGGAUCCGGGGGCUCAUCAGUCGCGCCCAGUACAAGAAGCUUCAGGAGCAGCGCGUCGCCCUCAUCGUCGUGCAGCGCAACCUGAGGAAGUACCUCAAGCUCCGCAACUGGCCUUGGUACCGCAUGUGGCAGAAGGUCAAGCCGCUCCUCAACGUCACUCGCGUCGAGGACGAGAUGCGCGCCCUCGAGGAGAAGGCGGCCAAGGCCCAGCAGGACUUUGAAAGCGAAUCUAAACAUAGAAGAGAACUUGAGGCUGCAAAUCUCAUUCUGCUUGAAGAGAAAAAUAACCUCAUGCUUGCCCUUGACUCUACCAAAGGAAAUGUAUCAAACUAUGUAGAAAAACAAGCGAAACUACAAAGGCAGAAUGCUGAUUUGGAGACUCAGUUAAACGAGGUAGUUGACCGCCUCCAACAAGAAGAAGAAGCUCGCAACCAGAUGUUCCAAGGGAAAAGGAAGGCUGAGCAAGAGGUGAGCAACCUGAAGCAGGACAUCGAAGACCUUGAGCUGACCAUACAGAAAGCCGAGCAGGAGAAGGUCUCGAAAGACCACCUGAUUCGGAACCUGAACGACGAGGUGGCGCACCAGGGCGAGAUCAUCAGCAAGGUAAACAAGGAGAAGAAGCACCUCCAGGAAAAUAACCUCCGAAUUGCUGAGAGCCUGCAGAGCGUUGAGGAUAAGUGCAAUCACUUGAAUAAGGUUAAGGCUAAGCUUGAGCAAACGCUCGACGAACUUACGGAUUCUAUCGAACGCGAAAAGAAACUCCGGACUGAUACAGAGAAAUCUAAGAAGAAGGUUGAGUCAGACUUGAAACUGACCCAAGAAGCCAUCAAUGACUUGGAGAGAAACAAUAAGGAACUUGAGCAAAGUAUUCAGCGAAAGGAUAAAGAAGUCGCUGCGGUUGUCACUAAACUUGAGAAUGAGCAAAGGCUUGUCUCGAAGACCCAGAUGCACACCAAAGAGUUGCAACGUCGAACUGAGGAACUCGAAGAAGAGAUGGAGCACGAGCGGCAGGCCCGGGCGAAGGCAGAGAAAGGUCGAGGGCAACUGAGUCGGGAAAUGGAGGAGCUGAUGGAGCGUCUGGACAGGGCCGGAGGCGCGACUGCGGUUCAGGCCGAGCUCAACCGCAAACGGGAGGCUGAGCUGGCUGCUCUCCGUCGUGACUUAGAAGAAGCCAGCAUGAAGCAUGAUGCUACUCUCAAAGGCCUACGCAAAAAACAUAAUGAAGUCCUGGGAGAAAUGUCCGAUCAAACAGAACAUCUUAAUAAAAUGAAGAUUAGGAGUGAGAAGGACAGGGAAGCCAUGAGACGAGAAGCCGAGGAUGCAAGAGCUGCAGUAGACGGCCUCCUUCGGGAAAAGGUUGCUGCUGAAAAAUCCCUGAAGCAAGCAGAGCAGCGCUGCCAAGACACGCAGGCCAGGCUUGACGAAGCGAACCGCACCGCCGCCGACCUUGACGGCGCAAAGAAGAAACUCGCUUCAGAGAACUCGAUCCUUCUUCUACAGUUGGAAGAUGCCGAGAGCCAGAUUGGUCAGCUGUCGAAACUUAAACUGUCAUUAACGAACCAAUUAGAUAACAGCAGAAAAUUAGCUGACGACGAAAGUAGGGAGCGCGCAACCCUCCUUGGUAAAUUCCGCAAUUUAGAACAUGAUAUUGACGGUCUUCGGCAGCAGCUGCAGGAGGAGGAAGAGGCAAAGGCCGAUAUUAUGCGUCAGUUCUCAAAGGCAAAUGCUGAAUCUCAGGAGUGGCGCUGCAAGUAUGAAUCCGAGGGUCUUGCUCGUGCUGAAGAACUUGAAGCUACAUGUCUGAAACUUACUGCAAGACUCAGUGAAGCCGAAUCACAACUCGAACAGCUGACUAUGAAAAACUUAAGCCUCGAGAAGAACAAGCAUCGCCUGGCCACAGAACUUGAAGAGAUGCAGAACCUCACUGAACGGACCGAGGCCGAAGCAUCUGCAGCUGAAAAGAAGCAGAAAAACUUUGACAAAAUUAUAAGUGAAUGGAAAAUGAAGGUAGACGAUCUGUCUGCUGAGCUUGAUACGUCCCAGAAGGAGUGUCGCCAGUAUUCUACCGAGCACUUCCGCGUCAAAGCUGCCUACGAAGAGUCCCUCGGACAGCUUGAUACGAUGCGACGAGAAAACAAAAAUCUUUCUGAUGAGAUCCAAGAUUUGAUGGAUCAAAUCGGCGAAGGGGGCCGAUCUUUCCACGAGGUUCAGAGGAAUGUGAAACACAUUCAGAUCGAAAAGGAAGAGCUCCAGGCUGCCCUGGAAGAGGCAGAAGCUGCUUUGGAACAAGAGGAGAAUAAAGUACUUCGAGGACAACUCGAACUGAGCCAGAUCAGACAGGAGAUUGACAGGCGAAUCCAAGAAAAAGAAGAGGAAUUUGAUAACACGCGCAAAUGUCAUCAGCAAGCUCUUGAGUCUAUGCAAGCUUCACUGGAAGCUGAAGCCAAGAGUAAGGCCGAAACCCUUCGUAUGAAGAAGAAGCUAGAAUCUGAUAUCAACGAACUUGAAAUAUCCCUCGAUCACAGCAACAAAGCCAGUUCCGACUUACAGAAGCACAUCAAGAAGCUCCAGGGCGAGAUGAGGGAAAUGCACACUCGCUCUGAGGAGGAGCAGCGCCAGACGUCCGAGUACCGCGAAGAGCUGUGUGUUUCGGAACGGCGAGCCAAUGCGUUGGCCGGAGAACUUGAGGAGGCAAGAGGCCUCUUGGAACACGCCGAGCGAGGUCGUCGGCAGGCCGAGAGUGAGCUGGCCGAGACCCACACACGGGUUAAUGAGCUAACACUGAAUAAUAAUUCUCUGGCUGCAACGAAGAGAAAAUUAGAAAGUGAGAUGCAGAACAUACAGGCUGACCUUGACGAAAUGCUAAAUGAAACCAAGAACUCCGAGGGGAAAGCGAAGAAGGCCAUGGUUGACGCCGCCCGCCUGGCUGACGAACUCCGGGCUGAGCAAGACCAUGCUCAGAAGCAGGAGAAAGUACGCAAGGAUCUUGAAGUUUCCGUCAGGGAUCUGCAGAGUCGUCUGGAAGACACCGAGAAGAACCACGCCAAAUCCAGUAAAAAGGUCGCGUAUAAACUGGAGUCUCGAAUUCACGAACUGGAAGAGCAACUGGACGAUUACGCUCGUCGCUACUCAGACGCCCAGAAGAACCUGAGGAAGAGCGAGAGGCGCAUCAAGGAGCUCAGCUUCCAGUCUGACGAGGACAAGAAGAACCACGAGACGAUGCAGGACCUGGUCGAUAAGCUCCAGCAGAAGAUCAAGACCUACAAGCGCCAGAUCGAGGAGGCCGAGGAGAUCGCCGCCCUCAACCUGGCCAAGUUCCGCAAGGCUCAACAGGAGUUGGAGGAAAUACAAGCUUGUGCAUAA